UGGCCUCGUCACGUGACAGGCUCAGCCUCGCUUCAACUAUGGAGCCGGAAGGGGGGACCCCUUUGUGGCAGCUGCAGAAACUGCCGGCCGAACGGGGUCUGCAGCUUCUUCACAAAAUAAUUGAUGGCAUUUGUGGCCGGCCUUAUCCUCUCUACCAGGAUUACCACAGUGUUUGGGAUUCAACAGAAUGGACACACGUUCUAGAAGAUAUUACCACAUUUUUCAAAGCUAUUGUGGGUAAAAAUUUAUCUGAUGAAGAGGUAUCACAGCAGUUGAAUCAGUUGAAUUCAUUUCAUCAAGAAGCUAUCAUGAAAUGCUUAAAAAGUAGAAAAGAUGAAAUCAAACAUGCUCUUUUAAGAGAAAUAGUUGAUAUUUCCUCUGCACAGCUUCAGGAUUUUGAUUGGCAGCUAAAGCUUGCACUUUCUAGUGACAAGAUUGCUACGUUACAAAUGCCACUUUUAAACCUUCAUCUAGAUGUAAAAGAAAAUGGUGAAGUCAAACCAUAUUCUGUUGAAAUGAGUAAAGAAGAGCUACAGAAUCUAAUAAAUUCCUUGGAAGCAGCUAAUAAGGUGGUCCUGCAGUUGAAAUAA